GAAAAUCGGCCGGCUCCCAACACAAUCUGCGUAGCCAAUCACACCACCCCCGUGGACUUUGCCGUUUUAGCUAGUGACAACACAUAUGCAGUGGUUGGACAGAAACAGGGUGGAUUCUUCGGCCUUGUUGAGCAAAUUCUUUCAAGCGCAGUGCCCACAAUUUGGUUUGAUCGUAGUGAAACUUUUGACCGCAGCGCUGUUGCCAUGCGUCUCCGCGAACACGUAGCCACCCCUGGGGCACCUCCCAUACUAAUCUUUCCUGAGGGUACAUGUAUCAACAAUACAUCAGUGAUGAAGUUCAAGAAAGGUUGCUUCGAAGUCGGCGCUGUAAUUCACCCUGUCGCUAUACGCGUGAGUGCCUUUUAUGAUUUCUACUUGCUGUCAUCACCGUAA